CUGUUUGAUUAAAAAUGUAAAGGGUUCUAUUUUGCCUAAGAAAUGAGUCGAGAUGUGGGAGGUUCGAAAAAGUUUAAUUAUGACGAUACAAUAAAGAAAUUGUUAGAAGAAGGAAGAAGACUUGGAACAGUUGAAACUGAUUGUGAUAUCAAAAUUGAUCGAAAGCCGAUAGGAACUCGACAAUUUUCGAACGACGUUUCAAAGCUGAGACAAGAGAUUGACGAUCAGAACAAAAAGACUUUGGAAUUACAAAAUGAAAUAAAACAAACUACAGUAAAAUUUCGCACAAGUUCUUUAAGACCAAAACCAGCCUUUUUAUCUAACAUGAAUACCAAUAAUAAUUCGAACAAUUACCCACCUGUUUUGGGUCCGUAUGGAGAUGUUACAAGUGUUCGGCUACCCCCAAGACAAUACCAAGGGACCUCUACCUCAGAAUACUUAGAAAGGGCAUUGGAAGAUUCACAGACCCAGGUGAAAUACUUGACCAGAAAACUUGAAGAAUCUCAGGAAACUACUGAGAAACAGAAAGUUCAUUUCAGAACGGCUGUGGAGGAAUUGCAAAAUAAACUACAGGAGACUAUUGCUGGCAGGAAACACCUUGUUCAAUUAAGAGAAACAGAGAUGGAAGAGCAAGAGGAAAUGAUCCAGAAGUUACAGACAACAUUAAAAGAGUUAGCAGCAGCAAACCAGAUGCAAGAACAAUCACUACUCGAUGCAAAUGAUAGAAUGCAAUUAUUAGAGAAGCGGAAUCAGUCCAAUGACAAAGCGAUCGACAGAAUUAAAAUGUUAUUUUCUUCCCACCAGAAAAUAAAAGGAAGAACAUACAGAGUGGCUGAUAACGAUCAUUUGUCAGAAAUCUCUCCAGAAUUCCUCGCUGAGAAUGUGGAGCAUGCAAUGAAUGAAAUGUAUGAGGAGAUUGAAGCAAUGAGAAAUAGUAUUAUGCAACUGGAAAACGAGUUAUGCGAUAUAAAACAGGACCACGGAAGAGAAAUUGAUAUGCUGACGUCAAAACAAAUGGAUGUUGCUGAACAAUUGAAAAUUGAAAUGAAUGAACGAGUUCUGGAAGAGAAGUUAAACACUGACAGUGCAAUGAAACAGGUAUAUUCUCUCCAAGACGAGCUUCAGCAGCAAAAAUAUGUCAUAUCAUCUAAAGAUCAAGAAAUCAGAGAUAUUGAAAAAGAACUUACUGUGAUUACGGAUCAAUUUGAAGAGCUGAAAAGUCAUUACUUUGAUGACAAGGAAUCUCUUCAAUCCAAACUCCUAGACACAGAAAACGAGCUUUCUUCGAUGCAGCAGACAAAUGAGACUUAUAAAAGCGAAUGCGAAAGAUUGAAAAAACAAUUAUCAGACUCUCAGGAGAAUUUUCUUCGGACGAAUGAGGAUUUGAAAUCAGAAAGAGAGCAGAGAAGAAAUUUAUGGAUUAAGGAAAAUGAAUUGAGUAAAGAAAUAACAGAAAUCAGGCAACAACUGGAAGAAAAGUCGUCAGAAAUUGCUUCCUUGAAAGACAAGAAUUCUGGACUUCAAGUUGAACUUUCAACCCAGGUUGUAGAGAAAGUACGAGAAGCUGAAGUUGUGGAAAGAGCAAAGGCCGACAGGAAAAUCUCUGAAUUAAACGAGGACAUGACAAGAUUAAGGGACGAGCUGUCAAGAACCAAAGCAACCUUAGAGUCGACUGAAAGACAAAUAUCAGAUGUCAUGGUUGAGCGCUCAGACACACUGAAGAUAAUACAAGACAAAGACUUGCAGCUUGAAAGAAUCUCGAGCCAAUGCAAUACUGCUGAGAGAAGGUUAGCUGAAACAACUGAAGCUAGGAAGCAUGUAGAAGAAAAAUGGGAAAAGUUAUACAAAGAAUACAAUGAAAUAUCUCAAAAAUGGAGAAAAAAUCAAACAGAAAACGAGAAAAUGAAAAAUUUAUUGGAUGAAAAAGAGAAACUUGUGAUGACUCUCCAGCUGCGUGUGGAGAACAUGACCACUGAAGCGUUGAAAGUCGCUAAGGAAAUAGAAGAGGUCAAAGUUGAAAGAUCAAGGUUGAACGUUGAAGUGAAAGAGAAAAGUCGAGAUCUGGACCAGAUCAGAAACCAACUAACUGUGAAUGAGAAGUCAGUGUCAGACUAUGAGAAUCGGAUUGGGGAAUUAAUCCAAGAGAAAAACAAAGUGGAUUCAAAUGCAAGAAUAACUGAAGAUGAGAAUCGAGAAUUGAAAAGAGAUUUAGAGCAAUUGGACAAAGAUUUGGGGGAUGCUCGAUUGCAGAUCACAACUCUUCUGGAGGAGAAGGAUGAAAUAAAGAGACAAAAGAUAGAUUUCGAGAGCAAGAGUAAAAGUGAGAGUGAUAAGUUAAAGAAACAACUAAGACACACGAAGAGAAACCUACAAGAUGCAGAGGUGAGAUGUUAUUGCCAGAAUUAUAUUGCUUUGUUUUUCACUCACUAAAUUCUGCCUAGAUAA